GAUCAGUCACCUCUGACCUCAAAGCUUUUCCCCUAGACUGUUCGAAUAGUUUGCACUUUUUGGAGUAGAGGUUAGUCUCACUGCUCCCUACUUCACAUCCCAUGUUUCAGCCAUAUUAAGCAGUUUGUAGCUCUACAGCUGGGCCACGCUGUAUUUUUUUUUUUUCUCUAGGCCUGUGGAUAUGCUGUUUUCCCUGCCUUGGAUUCUCUUCCUACUGAUAAAUCAUGUUUAUUCUCUCAGAAGAAGCUACGAUGUCACCUGGACUGAAGAUGAGGCUAACACUUACUCCAAGGAAUGGACCUGUUCUUCGUCUUCAUCUCUGCCCAGAACCUGCAAGGAAAUCAAAGACAAGUGCCCUAGUGCAUGUGAUGGCCUGUAUUUUCUCCGCACUGAGAAUGGUGUUGUCUACCAGACCUUCUGUGACAUGACCUCUGGGGGUGGUGGCUGGACCCUGGUGGCCAGCGUGCACGAGAAUAACAUGCAUGGGAAGUGUACAGCGGGUGAUCACUGGUCCAGUCAGCAGGGCAGCAAAGCAGACUACCCAGAGGGGGACGGCAACUGGGCCAACUACAACACCUUUGGGUCUGCAGAGGCAGCCACGAGUGAUGACUACAAGAACCCUGGCUACUAUGACAUCCAGGCCAAGGAUCUGGGCAUCUGGCAUGUGCCCAACAAAUCCCCCAUGCAGCAUUGGAGAAACAGCUCCCUGCUGAGGUACCACACUGACACUGGCUUCCUCCAGACACUGGGACAUAAUCUGUUUGGCCUCUACCAGAAAUUCCCAGUGAAAUAUGGAGUAGGACAGUGUAUUACUGACAACGGCCCGGCGAUCCCUGUGGUCUAUGAUUUUGGUGAUGCCCAGAAAACAGCAUCUUAUUAUUCACCCUAUGGCCAGCUGGAGUUCACUGCGGGAUUUGUUCAGUUCAGGGUAUUUAAUAAUGAGAGAGCAGCCAAUGCCUUGUGUGCUGGAAUGAAGGUCACUGGAUGUAACACUGAACACCACUGCAUUGGUGGAGGAGGAUAUUUUCCAGAGUCUAGUCCCUGGCAGUGUGGAGAUUUUUCUGGUUUUGAUUGGAGUGGAUAUGGAACUCAUGUUGGUUACAGCAGCAGCCGGGAGAUAACUGAGGCAGCUGUGCUUCUAUUCUAUCAUUGAGAGCUUUGUGGGAGGGAACCCAGACCUCUCCUCCCAACCAUGAGAUCCCAGGGAUGGAGAACAACUUACCCAGUAGCUACAAUGUUAUGGCAGAAGAGAAACUAAUAAAUCAUAUUGACUCAAG